AGAAAGUUUGACAUUGGAUUAUACGUGACAAUGACUUCUAUAAACCCAUUGCGAGUCUAUAUUCUGGAUAACGAAGCUCUGCUCCGAUUCUGUGCCCGACCUUACCAUCCAUUCAAUAGCACUGAUUUAAAUUCAUAUGUUGUCGGCGAUGAUUACACGCCAACGUGGCUGAUGCCUUCUCUUCGAAAAUAUUUCAUUGAUCUCAACCUAAAUAUGAAAGAAUCGUUUAACGCAUACCUGAGGUCUUUGGGAAAAGAUCCCAAUUUUGUUUGGAAACAAAUUGAAGAUUCAAUAAAAACCGUUUAUUAUGCAAAAGAAGAACAAAUGCUUCGUUUGACCGAUACUUUUGAGACGACGAGACAUUUCUUUGAAAUGGUUCGCUUCGACUUCGCUUUAGAUGAAGACCUAAAUGUAUAUCUAAUGGAAGCCAAUAUGUCUCCCAACCUAUCGUCAGCCCAUUUCGCACCCAAUAAACUACUUUACGAACAAGUAAUAUUCAAUUUAUUAUCACUGGUAGGCGUCGCGCGAACUCUCGACACCAGAACGUGGACUAAUAGGAGUCCCGAUGACUACAAUAUGAUGGUCACGACGAAAGAGAUGUCAGUGAAUGAAGAGCUGUGCGCUAACGCUGAAUGUCAUUUGUCGUGUAAAGCGAGUGAAUGCGAUGUCUGUUAUCAUUGUUUAAAAGAUGAGCAAAAACUUGUGCUAAAAGAUGCCGUUUUGGAGCAACACUCCAAAUGGAUGGCCAAACGUCUCAUCCCUUCGACAUCUGAUGUGGAUCGAGUGAAUGCGAUGUCUGUUAUCAUUGUUUAA